AUGGUGACGGUGAUAUCGUUUCCCCCGCUACUACAAAACAGCCGCAGCAGGCGGCGUCCGCCUCGAAUCGCGUCUCCAACUGUCGUAACUCCUAGUCCGCGAGGAGCCGGCGCCUCAGUUGCUGCUACUAACGCGUUCGCCGCGCAUCGUCUCCCAAGCCCUGCUGCUCCGCUGCCCGCCCCUAAGGCCGCCACGUCAUCAGCUACCGCCACGUCAGCAGGUCCUGUCCAGGUAGGCGCUGACGCCCCGAGCCCGCGCGGAGUGGCGGCGGGCGGAAGCUUCCAGAGUCCGCGCGGGCGGAAGAAGCCGUCCGCCGCGCAGCCGUUGCGCACCCCCAGCGCAUUGGCGCGCCUCCCCCUCCCUGCAUCUUCCGCCGCCGCGUCCUUCGCCGCAUCCGCCCCUUCCGCUGCUUCUGCCGCUUCCGCCUCUUCCGCCUCUUCCGCCUCCUCCGCGUCCUCUAUCCCCGUCGGCGCAUCCUCCAUCUCCCCCUCCACCCGUUCUGCCUCCCCCUCCGCUGCUUCCGCCUCCCCCGCCUCGCAUUCCCCCGGCGCCAGCCAACCCGCGGAGAACUCCAGAAAUGCUUCUCCGAAAACCGCCGGCGCUGCUCCGCCCGCGCAGGUGGCGCAGGUCGGUUCCGCCGCUGCCUCUCCCGCCGCUACGCCCUCCGCUGUCGGCGCUGGCGGCGUCCCCAGCGCCUCCGGCGCUCCGUUCGCUGCGGGAAUUGCGGCAGCGGCGGUGCCCCUUCCACUGCCAGCGAGCGGCGAAAUCGCCGCGCGCGCAGCUGCCGCGUCCAGCGCGCAACCCGCGAGCCCGGCAGGUGGCGCGGGCGCAGGGGGGGCGGGGGGCGUGGGGGGCGCGGGGGGCGCGGGGGACGCGCGAGCUGUGAUUCCGCCUUCCCCCAGCGCCGCCCCCUUGGGGGCGAGUGAGCGGGGAGUAGGGGGAGGAGGGGAGAGAAAUUUGGGGUCUUUAGUGCAGCAGAUGGCAGGAGGGUUUGCGGAAGAGGGUAGAAUCGGCGAGGGCGGGUUCGGCGUGGUGUACAAGGGGAAUUUACCCACGAAAAGCGGGCGCAAGAUUCCCGUGGCGGUGAAAGUGCUGAAUGCGGAGGGGCAGCAGGGCGAGCGCGAGUGGUUGACUGAAGUGAGCGUGUUGGCCCAUCUCUCCCACCCCAACCUCGUCUCCCUCGUGGGUUACUGCGCGCACCACCACCACCGCAUGCUCGUCUACCCCUACCUGCCCAACGGCUCCCUCGAGCGAAAACUUUUCGGGCUGCCCGCAAAGGAAACGCCGCUGACGUGGCAGCAGCGGAUUGGCAUUGCGGUCGGGGCGGCCAAGGGCCUGGCGUAUCUGCACGAGGAGAUGGAGAAACUGAUCAUCUACCGUGAUUUCAAAACGUCCAACAUCCUUUUAACCAAGGACUGGCAGGCGAAGCUCUCUGACUUUGGGCUCGCAAGAAGCGGGCCCGAGGGGGACAACACACACGUGUCCACUCGGGUGGUGGGCACGGUGGGCUAUGCCGCCCCGGAAUACGUGCUGACGGGGCAUCUGACGGUGAAGAGUGAUGUGUACAGCUUCGGAGUGGUGCUUCUGGAGCUGAUGACUGGUCGGCUGGCACUAGACAAGUCAAGCUUUGGAGUGGUGCUGCUGGAGCUCAUGACAGGGCGGCUGGCUCUAGACAAGUCAAGCUCUACCGCAUCAUGGACCCGGCCCUGUCCAUCCUUCCACCCUCCUCCCUUCCCAUCGCUGAACCCACCACAGACCCAACGAGGAACAAUCCCUGGCAGAAUGGGCGGCCCCCUUCCUCGCUUCGCCCUCCCAGCUCUACCGAAUCAUGCCCAAGGAGGAACAGUCACUAGCAGUGUGGGCACCCCCCCCUCCAAGCUCUACCGAAUUUUGGACCCUGCUCUCUCGGGCUGCUACAGCGUGGAGGGCGCUCAGACGGCGGCGGCUGUAGCACCGAAAGAGGAGCAGUCACUGGCAGAGUGGGCGGCUCCCUUUCUCGCCUCCCCCUCCAAGCUCUACCGAAUCAUGGACCCUGCUCUCUCGGGCCGCUACAGCGUGAAGGGCGCUCAGACGGCGGCGGCUGUAGCAAGAGACUGCCUCACCCGCAAGGCCAAGCAGCGGCCGCGCAUGUCCGAGGUGGUAACCGCGUUACAGCCGGUGCUGGAGCUCUUUGAUAUGGCGGGGUUUGAUUCCUCCGGUGCUGGUGUGGGCGGCGGGCUAGGAGGAGGGGCAGGAGGGGGAGGAGGGGGAGGAGGGGGAGUAGGGGGAGUAGGAGGUAUAGGGGGAGGGAGUGGAGCAGGGGGGGCAUUGCUGACAAGGUCUUCUAGUGAGAAUAACACGAGUACGACCAAGGGAGGGAGUGCAAGCGGUGUAGGAGCAGGAGGGGGGUUGGGUAGUGGGAGGAGGUGGCAGAAGGUAGGGGCUGGUCAGGGCUCGCUAGCUCAGAAGCAAUUGUCGCUUAGGGAGGAGAGGAGGCAACUGUCUAUAAGGGAGGAGACACAGCAGGACAGGACUGUUGAGGAUGGUUGA